GCGCACCUGUUCAACCGUUAGUUCAUUCAGGUGUGUGAACAGAAGAACGCAACCAUGGCAUCGAAUACUGCGACUGUAGGGAAUUUGCCGAGCGGAGUAGGGAUAUGCACAACUAUUCCAGACAUCCUUUACAUUCCGGAACUUAUCUUCGGAGGCCUGGUAUGGAUCUUGGUGGCAUGCACGCUAGUGGUGCCCGCUAACCCCCAGGGCUGGGUGAUGUUCGUGUCAGUCUUCUGUUUUGUCAUGACCUUCAUCUGGCUCUUGGUAUUUGCCUGCGGUGGGCAUCACAAUAGUGGGAAGUGGGCUGCUGCUGACUUUGCAUACCAUGGCCUGGCAGCUUUCUUCUACCUCAGUGCUUCAGUUGCACUUGCCAAAGUGACUCUGGAUAUGAAAGAUGGAAUUGUCUUCCAAAACUACCAACUUGACAUCUCUGCAGUGGUGUUUUCAUACGUGGCCACACUCCUCUACUUCAUUCACACCAUCUUAUCUGCUAUCAGGUGGAAGUCUUUCUAGAAUGACAGCCCACACCAGAACAAUUCUAGCUCUUGGUUUGUGAGGUCACAAACCGCUGUAAAAUAAGGGAAGACUUGAAGUGAAGAGAAGUGUUGUCUACGCUAAGGUUCAGAAGAGAUCUUUCGAUAAAUCACAAUUAGAUUCCUCAAUGUGGACCAGCUUGAUGAAAAGUAUGGCACAUAGACUGAACAUGAAUAACACUAUUAAUUGACCUGUGGAUCACAUGAUGAUGUCAUAACAGUGGCAUCACAGGUGUCAUGCACAACCAUGAGCCUUUCUCUAAACCCAUGACAGUUAUGACACAAGCGGCUAAUGGUCCGUUCACACCAAGAACAAUAACUAUAACUAUAAAGAUACCCUUUUAAGAAUUGUUCUAUAUUUAAAACAAUUGCAGAGUCCACACCUCAAUGAUAACGCUAACUAUACCGCGGAAUGAUAUCGUUGGGAUCACUUUCAAAAACAUAUUUUUUCCAGCUGAUGAACUAUAACAUACUGACAAUCAAUCAGAAUCGAUAGAAAUUUUAAGUGCCCGUGCAUUUGAAAUGGAAGACAACAUUGCAAGAAGUAAUCGUCCAGGUUGGUGUGGAUGCAAAUUAUAGUUAACUGUUAUAGUUAUUAGUUCUCGUUAUUAGUUCUCUAUAUUGUCCUUAGUGUGAGCGGGCCUUUAUACUAUCAGAAUACUGCCAGCAAACUUAGGUACUUAGAUUUGUUUUCAUAACUUGAUAUUAGUUGUCAUGACGCUAUAUGAAAUCUGUUAUGUCAUUACUGUGACAGUUUUGGUAACCUUAAAUCUUGGAUCUUAAAAUUAAUUAGUUACAAUGUAUUUGUGGUUAGAGGAAUAAUGGAUUGUAUUUUUCUAAAUUUAAGAAAUAAAAUUAUAAUAAAAUUUUGUAUUUUUAUAGUUUUCUGUAACCAGCAACAUUUUACAAAAUAGAUAUAUAACAUAAAAAACAACACUAUUUUAUUUUUGCUUGUUUUAUAUAUGAUUGGUGCUUGUUACAGAUAUUAUUUUGGAAACUGCGGAACUAUGGCUAUGUUACAAUAAACAUAUUUCGAAAUGUA